AUGGUCUCAAACAUGUUUUUGCUACAAAGCCUCGAUCUCAUGAGCAAGAUCUGUGGCGUGCUGAGACGGAAGGAUGAACAACAGAGAUUCAAGGAGGACUACCAGGCAACACGACUCGAGUUCCAGCAAGAAUAUGUCACACCACGGGGGCGCAUUACCUCAGAUUCCCAAGCUGCAUAUGCACUAGCUAUUUGUCUUGACCUCCUUGAACCAGCGCAACGUGUACGAGCCGGAAAUCGUCUGAUGGAACUCGUACGGAAGAACGAGUUCAAAGUCGGCACAGGAUUUGCCGCUACGCCAUUCCUUUGCGAAGCCCUUGCAUCUACCGGCCACGUCCAAGUUGCGUAUGCGAUGCUGCUCGAGAAAGUCUGCCCGUCAUGGCUAUACCCAGUAACUAUGGGUGCAACUACAGUCUGGGAGAGGUGGGACAGUAUAUUGCCUGACGGUUCUAUCAACCCGGGAGAAAUGACCUCAUUUAACCACUACGUCUUUGGCGCUAUAGCCAAGUUCAUGUAUGAGAGAGUUGCCGGGCUACAGAGACUUGAGCCUGGAUGGAGGAGAAUUCGUAUUUCCCCCGCUAUUGGCGCUGCCUUUUCUCGAGCUGCCGCAUCGCAUGUUUCUCCUCAAGGGACGAUAUCUUUCGAGUGGGAAACAAGGGUUGUUGAUGGAGAAAAGGAAGAAUUUACUAUCAAAACUACGGUUCCGCCGAACACUGUCGCUAAAAUUAUUCUUCCUGGUUUGGAAAAGGAACAGGUAAAGGAGGUUGGUUGUGGGCAGUGGACUUUUAGUUCGCUCUUUAAAAGAGAUUAUGAGUGGCCGGUCUUGCCGCUACCACCAAAGUCAUGA